AUGUUCGAGCUACCCGAUGCAAAGAGAGUCCGCCGGGAGGAUCUACAUGCAUCGGAUGAGCCUUCGUGGAGCGAGAGUGAAGGAGACGCAGAGCUGGAGGCACGGCUCAAUGCACAGAUCGCAAAAUCUCUUGGACUAGACGAAAGUGCAUUUCGUGCGCCGAAACCACAGGACACCUUGCCUGUACCCAACAGGCCUCAGGCUCAUGGUAGAAGAGAAGACGACGGGCUCAGCUCUGAUUCGGAGAGUGAACCAAGCACUCCCGCAGAUGAGCCUGCGUCCAACCACGGUGCCGAAGCUGAGGAUGAAGCCUAUGCCUUUCGGCUCUUCAGCACGGCUGGUCCGGCCCCAAAAAUUGUUCUUGAAAACCACGACAGGAUUGUAGAAGGCAAACUUCUCAGAGGUAGGCCGCUAUCAUACUACUUGGUAACGGACCUGUCACCAGAGAGGAGACACCAGUAUGAGAUGGCAGCAGUGAGCGGAGAAGACGUCCUCGCGCGAUCUAAAAUAAGGGAAUGGGGUCUUGAGCUCCCCUGGCGAGUCACAAACAUCAAAGCCACGAGAAAAGCCCGGCCCGGGGAAGGGGCGAAUCUCACACGCGUCGACGAUGAACAGCGAGCGAAGAGGAAACGGCUGGGGAAGAAGAGCAGAAUAGCAAUGAGGAAGAAGGCGAGGGCGAAGGAGCAGGCCGAGGCAGCAGCGAAACAGAAGAUGGCCGACAAGGAGGAGCAGGUGAAGGAGAAGAAGAAGAGGUUGAACCGGCUGAAGAAGGCGAGAAGAAAGGCAAAAAGAAAGGCUGACAAGGGCGAUGAGUCGGGGGACGGCUCUUCUGACGAAGAAUAA